UUGGUUCCCUGGAGGGCGGAGUCCAGGCGGGCGCCGGCCGAGGGAGGGGGUGCGGCGGCCCUGGGCUCCAGUGCUACCUCAGGCAGCGGACGAGAUGCUGGCAGCUGCGGGUCUGGCGGCAAGGCCGCCGGGGAUAUGACCGACGGUUCCUUGCUUCACCAGUGGUCCUUGGGCCCGUAGGUCGCUGGGCGAGCCGCAGUCGGACCGCAUCUGUGGAGUCAGCGCAACCUUCGCAGGAUUCUUCAAAUUUUAAGAACAAAUGCACCUUAUAGCUCAUGGAAGAAAAAACACAAAUCAAGACAUUUUUGGGUUCCAAAUUGCCAAAGUAUGGAACAAAAUCUGUAAGAAGUACACUGCAUCCAAUGCCAAAUGGGGCACCUGUUAAUUUAAUGGGAACUUCCAAGAGAAGCAACAUCAAAAGUUACAUAAAAAAUAAUGGCACUGAUUGCCCAUCGUCCCAUUCAUUCAAUUGGAGAACGGCAACUAAAUACCAACUUAGUGCGCAAAGUGCUGAAGAGCCUAAUGAUACUCAAAGUUCACACAAUAAAGUAAUUGAUCCUGAAAAACAUGCACGUACUCAAGGAAUGUUUGAUAAAAAUGGGAUAAAGGGAGGUUUGAAAAGUGUUUCUUUAUUAACAUCAAAGUUAGCAAAGCCAUCCACUAUGUUUGUGUCAUCCACAGAGGAGUUAAAACAGAAGUCUCUGUGUGGACCAUCUAAUUUGGGCAAAUUCACCAAAGGUACAUUAUUAGCAAGGACUUCAUAUUCUUCAGUCAGUGCUUCAAAAUCUCAGUUGAAUGGAUUUUACGGAAAUAGAUCAGCUGGUAGCAUACAAAGGCCUAGAGCAAACUCCUGUGCCACCAGAAGCAGUUCUGGAGAAAGCUUAGCACAAUCCCUAGACAAUGUUAAAUCUCUUACUUGUGAAAAAAUGGUAAGGUCACAGAGUUUUUCACAUUCCAUUCAGAAUUCAUUCCUUCCACCUUCAUCUAUAACCAGAUCACAUUCCUUCAAUAGAGCUGCAGAUCUUAUUAAGCCUUACCAGAACCAACAGCUAUCCAUGAGAGUGCCUCUGAGGUCAAGUAUGUUCACAAGAAAUUCCCGGCAGUCAGAAGUACUUAAUGGGAAUGAACAUUUAGGGUAUGGAUUUAAUAGGCCUUAUGCUGCUGGUGGAAAGAAGUUGGUUUUACCAAAUGGUACAGGUGUAACUUCCACUUUGGGCUAUAGGAGGAUGAUUCAUCCCCCUCUACUGAAAUUGAGCCCAUCUCCGUUUUCUGGGACUUUUGAUGGUAAUAAAAAUUCACCUGCUGGCACUUGUGUAGAGGAAGAUGCUGCACUUUUGGCUAAGGACAGAGCUACUGAUAAGGACCAAGAACUAACUGAAAAUGAUAGUUAUAGAACAGAAAAUGACCAGACUAUGAAACAUGAUGCUAAAAUUAGAUACCUGAGUGAUGAUGUAGAUGACAUUUCCUUGUCUUCUUUGUCGUCUUCUGAUAAGAAUGAUUUAAGUGAAGACUUUAGUGAUGAUUUUAUAGAUAUAGACGACUCCAGCAGAACUAGAAUAACUCCAGAGGAGAUUUCUCUCAAAGAAGAAAAGCAUGAAAAUGUACCACCAAAGGAUAUAUUUGAUUCCCCCAAGGAAAGUGAAAAAUCCUUCAGUAAAACUGAUGAGUGGAUAGAUAUAAGUGUCUCUGACAGGAGUGAAUGUACAAAACAUACUUCUGGGAAUAACUUGAUUUCACCAGAUACAGACUACAGAGCUGGUUCUUCUUUUGAACUCUCUCCAUCUGAUAGCUCUGAUGGAACAUACAUGUGGGAUGAAGAGGGCUUGGAGCCCAUUGGAAAUGUCCACCCAGUUGGGAGCUAUGAGUCCUCCGAAAUGAACAGCAUAGAUAUUCUGAAUAAUCUUGAAUCAUGUGACCUUGAGGAUGAUGACCUUAUGCUUGAUGUGGAUCUGCCUGAGGAUGCACCUCUUGAAAAUGUGGAAUGUGACAAUAUGAACCGUUUUGAUCGAUCAGACAGAAAUAUUCGGCAGUCUCAGGAAGGAUUUUGGAAAAGGCCACCCCAGAGGUGGAGUGGACAGGAACAUUAUCACCUCAGCCAUCCUGACCACUAUCAUAACCAUGGAAAAAGUGACUUGAGCAGAGGCUCGCCCUAUAGAGAAUCUCCUUUGGGUCAUUUUGAAAGCUAUGGAGGGACCCCCUUUUUCCAGGCUCAGAAGAUGUUUGUAGAUAUACCUGAAAAUACAGUGAUACUGGAUGAGAUGACCCUCCGGCACAUGGUCCAGGAUUGUACUGCUGUAAAAACUCAGUUACUCAAACUGAAACGUCUGCUGCAUCAGCACGAUGGAAGUGGUUCAUUGCAUGAUAUCCAGCUCUCAUUGCCAUCUAGCCCAGAACCAGAAGAUGGUGAUCAGAUAUACAAGGUAUGGCUAGGCGGUCAUGCUGAACUUUUCAGAAUUCUUUUCUAUCACCAAAAUUAUAAAGCAGCAACAAUUAAAACAUCCUUUCUGGCUGACUCUAGAACCCAAUCUCUGAAUAAAAUGGGAGACUACCUAAUAGACCUUGAUGCAACUCGGUGUAACAGCCACCAAAAAUCUAAAGAGGAAAAAUGCACAUAUGCCGAUAAAUAUACCCAAACACCUUGGAGAAGAAUUCCUCCUCAAGUACUACAGCCUUCCAGCAGCCUUCCCAGACCCACAGACCACGCCCAGGGAAAACUAAUAAAACCGCAACACAUCGAGGCCCACAGUGAAUGCACAGCCCAGGGCAUGCGUCAGGGUGCUGCACAUCUGGAUGAAAGCUUUACGCACGGCGUGCAACAAGAAAGCGACUGUGGUCUGGAAGACCGGCCUCGUUCGUCAAGCCCGCAGUUGACUAAGGAUGUGGCUAAGAGUACACCUGUGGAAGCAGAUUUGAAUGUGACCAUGGAUGCUCAAAAUCCUCAUCAUUUGGCAAAUAAUCAAAUUAAUGACAUGCAGUUUGUACCCACUUCUAUUCACACACUUACCCAGGCAGGCACAGUAGACCAGGCCAAGAAAGUUGGAAGAAAUCAGUCAUCACCGGAAGACUACACAUCUCAGCCCAAAUCCUUGCAGCCUUUUAAGCCAUCCACCUUGAAUUCUUUGGUACCUCCUUCAGUUUCUGAAUCAUAUCCAAGUAGGACUCCCACUUGUAAGAACUCACCAAUAAUCACACCAUGUAAUUCAGCAAAACUUCAGCUAACAUCUAGUCAAACAAAUCUUGCAAAUAAUCUGAAUCCAAAAGCUUCUAAGCUUCGCCCCCCUUCUGCCUCUUUCAAACAAAAACAAAUAAGCAACCCCCGACUAGAGCCUCAAAACUUCCAGGCCAAGACAAGCAUCCCAAGGCCACUAACAAAAAGAAAAGAAAUCAUGCAGAAUCCGAAUGGCAAUUUGAAUUCUGGGGAUUGUUUGGCCUCUAAUCGAUAUUCUCGUCUUCCUAAACCAAAGAUACAUUAAGUACAUAGCCAUCACCUGCCAAUUUGCUUUUUAAAAAAACCAUCUGUUCUGUAAUAGCUUUACAUGCAGCUUGCUGCCAUGAUGGAGGUUUCAUUGAAAGCUUGACGAAUCUUAAAAAUUAAAAUGUGGAAGCUUCUACUAGUUUGGGCUCUUCCAUUUUAUAUCCUGGUUGAAGUACAUAGCAUUUGACUAUAUUUGUCUCAGGUAAACACAAAAGUUUGCUUACCCAUCUCAAAGGCCUAAUCAUGUUAUCCAUCCCUCUGCACAUCGGAAAAUUCAUAUUAUUACACGUAGCAGGCAAGAAAUGUGCUUUGCUGAUUGAGUCCUUUUAAGGUCUGUAUUAACUGUGGUUCUCAGAGCCUCACCCUUUUUCACUUGUCCCUCCUGUAAAUACGGUUAUUAUUUUAACUAAAGAUUUGGUGAUAAUGGAAGACAGUAGUCUGUAAGCAGAGUGCUGGCCAGUGACUUGUAUAUUUGGAAAUUGAAAGGUCUAUGCAAAGCUCUGUGAUAAAUAAAGAAAAUCAGGCAUUUAAUGGCAAGUCUAUGUAAGUUUUAUUUAUCAGCACGCUACUCUCAAUUUUUAUUUACCAGACAAAUCCCCCACGCAAAAAUGUUUCAUAUUAUAUAUGAACCAAUUACAUGUUGCUUUAACAUCUUAUUUUAUACACACACACACCAUUGUGUUUUUGCUACUGGAUAAAUUUUGGAAAGCUUGAGAUGCAUCUUGAAACCUUUAUCUAAAGAUGUAUUCAUUCAGAACAUAUGUUGGUGCUAGAGUUUUGCUGGUAGUUCCGUUUUGAACCCUGUAGGCUUAUGGAUCCAUGGUAGCUAUUUUAAAGUUCCACAGCAUAUAUUUUAAAUUAAGUCUUUAUUGUAAUGUGUAUAUUUAUUGACUUUGUGCUAAUAUCUGAAGACUGGAAUAAUAGACUUGAAAUGUUUGCACAAAACUUUGAUGGGAUAUGAAGAUCCCAUACAUGGGGAUUUAAAACUAUUUUCUGUAGCAAAACAAGUGAAGAUAUUUUGAGAAUAAUUAUAAAUUUAAAACUAUCUUGUGAAAGCUAGCAUUCAUAAUAGUUUUGCUGAGUUUUCCAGAUUUCCCUUUUAGGUUGGUAAAUGUUUGAAUGACAACAUCUUGAAGAAUAGAUUUGGGAAGAAAAACAAAAUUAGAGAGGGGAAAUUGUGUUUUAUUAAAAGGUAUUAAAACAUAUUUCAAUGGCAAUAUGCUUAUUUAUUUUAAUGUGCUAGGAAGGUAGCUAUGAAACCGCCAAGGGACCAGAUGUGCUGACCUAAUCACGCUGCGGGCCGCUCUUCAGGUGGUUCUGUAAAUGUGCCCCCUUGUUCUCCCAAAUCAUGUCAUCUUCAGAUUGUGCCCCUGUUGCUGCUUUAAUAAGAAUUAAUGUCUUUCAGACAGAUAGCUUUUUACAAUGUACAUUUUUUGUGUGUGAUCCGCUGACCAAAACUGUAUCAAAAGGGAUUAUGGGCAAAAAGUUAGUCACUCAAAUUUCUAGGGAUUUCUUUUAAAAAUAUACAUUGGUAAAAUUGUCUGCCCUUGUAAGAGAAAAAACAGUAAGUACUUUCGAGGAAAUUUCAAAAGAGGCGUUUACUACCAUUUUGAUGCCAUCUUCCUUACCAUUCGAGUGAAUUUGCCAUUCAUCGGUUACAGUUCUUGGAUUUGGUCCAGGUGAGCAUCACAAAUCUAGUGUCAUACUCUCAACACUUUGGCAGGAGAAGCACUGAAGUUCAGAAAGUUUUUCACAUAGUCCAGAUAUUGUUAGUAUAAAGUGAUCAGGCGUAUAUAUCAGCAAAGCUCUUGUUUGUUCAGGAGACGAGCAGUAAUGGCUACAGCUAGUGACAAGUGGUACAUGUGCUCUUUCAUUUUGAAGGAGAAAGAAAACUGAUCUCAUAAUUGCAUAUGCAAUGUUAUCACACAUAUUUAUGUUUUCCCAAAGUAAAAUGUACUGAUGAGUUAGUAGGUUUUUGGUUGAUUUACAGGUUGAUAUAGACUCUUGAGGCACAUCAUGAGAAGGGAAGGUUUUUUGGGAAAGACAGUAGUGCUGGGGAAAAUAGAAGGCAGCAGGAAAAGAGGAAGACCAAACAAGAGAUGGAUUGACUCCAUAAUAGAAGCCAUAGGCAGGAGCCCACGGGAGCUGAGCAGGGCUGUGAGGAUAGGACAUGGGGACGUCCCUCACUCAGAGGGUCACCAGGAGUUGGAGCUGACUCAACAGCACGUGUCACACACACACACACUCGUGAAAUAUUACUUACAAGUAGACCUUUAAGGGAAAAGUUUUAAUUUUUUACUUUAUUUUUAAUUCCCUAGUCUGAGGGAAAUGUCUUUGUUUAUUAUACAAAAAUGUUGACUUCUGCAAUUUGUUUCUUCUCAUCUUUUCCUGGUUUACUUUUUUUCUCUGGUGAAUUUGCAGAAAUGUGAACCCAUCAGUUCAACCUGUCUGUACCUUUGUUGAGCUUUAAUCUUGCAGAAGGCUCAUCAAUAUAAUUAUGAAGCAUAAUAUAUUUAAGAGAAAACAAUCUAGGAUGCUUGCACAAAACAACCAAGUAUUUGCCUGCAGUUUUCUUUGAAAGCUGCAGGAAUAUUAUGCUAGGCUGCUCCAUAGUAAAUGUUCCCUCAGAAGUGAGGGGAGGAAUUCGCUUGCCUGAGUAAUCAGAGAUCACAUCUCAGAUUUGACUUAAUCUCUGGUCAGUGUUUCUGUAAAUCAACUCAGUGCCAAAUCCCCUCCACAGGAACUCAGAUCACUUUUUUCUUAGUUCUUGUGAUUUCAGUGAAGAUGGUUGUGGUGUAUGAAUUCCACAUCCUGAGGAAGAAGUAUUCUGGGGAUUGGCUAAAUUUCUCAUUUGUGAAAAAGAAAAUUACUAGAGUAUGUAGAAUUAUACAUUUGGCUGUCAAUACAAUGCUUAUCAAGUUCUUUAAAGAAAGCUUGGCCUAAGGAGAUUCUCAGUACAGGUGCAGAUGGUUUGAAGGCAUUAAAGGAUUACAAAGCUGUAUCAUUUAGAAUGUUUCUAAAGACUGAGACCCUUGAGCAUUUUUCUUUUGGAGUCUCAUUUUAUUUUAUUUUAUUUUUAGCUGAGCCAUCCUGCCACCUCGCGGCAGCUCAGUGGCAGCUCAGCUCGGGCUGGACAUCGAACCGCACAUAGAACCGCUGUUGGUUAGAGCUUGCACUCUUGAGCGAGCUCUUAACCAACUGCGCCACUCGGCUGGCCCUGGAAUCUCAUUUUAAUUUGUGCAAUAUUUUCAGGCGUAAAGACUACUGUUCAUUGUAUUUAUAUAGAUGUUAGGGAACUUACUAAGUAUUUUAACAAGUAAAAAUCUGAAUAUGAAAGAAAAUAAUCAGAUUUGCACUUUAAGUGAGCUUAAUUGCUUGUAGUCGUGCCUGAAAAAUCAAAAUGCCUCCUGUUAGGUGUGGCUUUUUUGUUGAAAUAAGUUUCUCUGUGAUUGUUGCUGUUUGAAGUAUAGCCUUUCACAGAUUUAUGUCCUUGGCAUGUCACUUUUCCCAUUAAAGCACUAAGUUUUUUGAAUGUUUCCUUGUCCCCUUAAGUAUUUUAAUCAAUGCAUCAAAGAGAACAGGAUCCUCCUAUAGCUGUCACUUCUAAGUCUUCCUGUAUCAUAGAUAGUGUUACAGACACAGAGGUACACUUAAUUUCUGAGCAGCGUUGUCCUCAUGACUUCCGGGUCUCCAGGGCACUGAGGAUGUAAUUUGGGGGUCACCAAAUAGGUUUGCAGUGAAGAUGAGUGAGACUGCAGCACAGUUUCAGUUUAACCAUCAAUCUUACGCACUAGACUCCGUGUUUAUAAAUUACUUGGGGUGGUUAUGUUUGCAUGCUUACACACACAUUUGAAAAUUAAUCAUAGCUGUAAUGCAAAUACCUGAUGUUUUUCCUUGGGGAGGAUGGCCUUGCUAUUUUUCUUCUCAUGCUUGAGUUAUAUUUUCUAAUUUUCUUUCCACACCUUCCUUCAAUUUUUCUGCUGCAGUAAUUUGAAAAGAAUACAUUUGGAUAAAUGAUUAUGAUGGUGGGUGCCAAUCUACAACUGCUGUUAAUUAAAGAUGCGUCAUAAGUUUUAACCUUGUUGGGGGAAAGCUAUCCACUUUCUCAUUGAUAAAUUAUUGCCAUAACAAAAUAAUACCCUAAGAAUUUAAAAUCUCUAAACCAUUACUAGCUAAAAACAAAAACACCACAAUCUUUAAUGUCUGCAGUAUUGCUUUUUCCACUGAUACAAAAAAAAAA